AUGCAGGCAGAAAAAGAAGCACAGAAGAUUGUUCAGAAAGACCGAACGAAGAGAGUAAAGGACGCCAAAGCAGAAGCACAAAAGGAAAUCGAAGAGUACCGACGGAAGAAGGAAGAGGAAUUCAAGAAAUUCGAGGCAGAGCAAACGAGCGGAAACAAGAAGGCCGAAGAUGAUGCCAACAAGGAGGCUGAGGCCAAGGUCAAGGAAAUCGACGAGGCCGGCAAGAAAUAUGGAAAUAAAGUGGUAGAGGAUCUGAUCAAGGCUAUCACGACGCCGCAUCCCGAAGUCCCGGAGAAGAUCUCGGCAGAGGAUUGA